AUGACGUUCAAGCACCUCGCGCUGACGCUGCUGCCUGCGCUGGCGCUCGCCACGGGCACUGCCGCCGCGUUCCAAGAAGAGGACAACGUGCUCGUGCUCACCGACAGCGACUUUGCCGACGCCGUGACGGGGCACGACGCGCUGCUCGUGGAGUUCUACGCGCCCUGGUGCGGCCACUGCAAGCAGCUGGCGCCCGAGUACGCGGCCGCCGCCACGAGCCUCAAGGAGAAGGACCUGCCCGUGCGUCUGGCCAAAGUCGACGCGACGGUGCAGACCCAACUGGCCGAGCAGUUUGGGAUCCAGGGCUUCCCCACGCUCAAGUUCUUCAAGGGCGACGUGGACGCGAUGCGCGACUACGACGGCGGCCGCACGGCGGCGGAGAUUGAGAAGUGGGUCGUGCGCAAGUCGGGACCGGCCGUCGCGAUCGUCGAGACGGCUGCCCAGCUCGAGAAGAUCAAGGAGGCGAACGACGUGGUCGUGUUUGCUGUCGUGGACGCUGUCGAAGGCGACGCGCGCGCGAUGCUGGAGAAACUGGCCGACGCCGACGACUUGGCCGUGUACGUGGCGUCGACGCACUUGGACGUGGCCGACGACGCGAAAGCGCAGAACAGUGUGGUGCUGUUCAAGAAGUUUGACGAGGGCAAAGUGGUGUACGACGGCGAGUGGGAGAAGGAGGCGCUGGCAGCGUUUGUCAAGGCCAACAGUCUGCCGCUAGUGAUUACGUUCACGCAGGACAAGGCGCCCAUGAUCUUUGGUGGCGACUUGAAGGAGCACAUGAUAGUGUUUGCGGACGCGUCGAAGGACUACGUGGGUGCGUUUGAGGCUGCGCUGAAGAAGUCGGCGCAAGUGAACAAGGGCAAACUGCUGCACAUCAUGAUGCCGAGCACGGAGGAGCGCAUCAUCGACUACUUUGGCCUGACGAGUGACGAUUUGCCGGCGGUGAUGCUGGUCAACAUGGGCGGGUCGGUGAAGAAGUACGGGUUUGAGCACAAGGCGGACGACCUCGUGGCACAAGUGAGCGGCGACCUUGGUGCCGAGCUGAUUGUGUUCGCGAACCAGUACUUUGAAGGCAAGCUUACGCCGCAGCUCAAGUCUGCGAAACCGGAGGACGACAGCGACGAGGCUGUGAAGGUGAUUGUGGGCACGGACUUCAAGGAGCGCGUGAUCAACAACGAGAAGGACGUGCUGCUUGAGUUUUACGCUCCGUGGUGUGGUCACUGCAAGGCUCUUGCGCCCAAGUACGAGGAGCUGGCCGAGGCGUUUUCGAGCGUGGACAGCAUUGUCAUUGCCAAGAUGGAUGCGUCUGCCAACGAGGUUGACCACCCCGGUGUGGACGUGCAAGGCUUCCCGACGCUCAUUUUCUUCCCUGCGAAAAACAAGCAAAACCCGAUCGUGUACGAAGGUGCGCGCGAAGUGGAUGGCUUUACUGAGUUCCUGAAGUCGAACGCCCAGAAGUUUGAGCUGGACGGGGAAGAGUAUGGCGUGAGCGAGACUGCGAAGGAUGACAAGGAGAAGGACGCCGAGGCGAAGAAGGAGGAAGGCGCCGAGCACGAGGAGCUGUAG